GUAUCUUAAAUAAGAAUGCUUCGAAGGCCCUUGGAAUUGUUUUUAAAGUAUUUCACAAUUCUGCAGCUAAAUAUUAUAAUACAAAUAGUUUUAUUUGCUUGUUUUUCUCCCCCAAGAGAAAUUUAAAAACAAUAGAACUUUCAUGCUACAUUAUAUUAACUUAUUUGGUUUUAUAAGCAUUACAGUAACCUUUCUUCCAUUUCAUAGGAAUGUAAUUUAUUUAAAGUGAGGAACCAGCAGUGCAGAUUUAAUUGUUGGCUCUCAUUAACUUAGAACUCUCUGCUUCUCUCAUCUGUGAUUAAGUAGUUGUUUUAGUUGACAUGUUACUAUUUUGGUGUCCUUUUCAGGGAACAGUGUUCAGUUUUCUUUCCUGUAAUCGGUGAUCUGAACUUUCAUUCUGGUUUUCUCCUUUAUGACAUUGAAUGUAAGAAAGAGUUGCUAUGGAAGACUGUGUUGUUUCUGUGAAAGUUUUUGCACUAUAGGUUAUAUAGCAAGGAGAUAUUACUAUUAUCCUUUCAGUAGCCAUUGUCAUUGCUGGUUAUACAGAGAAAAUGAAAGUUUCAAAUGAAAAUGUGGAAUACACUGACUUCUAAGUUGUCAAGACUAGAAGUCAUGUAUAACACAUUUAGGUGAGACUUCAGUCCGUAGUUACCUUCAGAUUAUUUUUAUCUGUUUGUCAUUCUGGAAGACAGGACUGCAUGAGUUUACAUUUAGUCUGCUGGGUUUCCUGAAAAGUCUUGUCUGUUCUAUUGUCUGUUGAGAAUUUAGAUGUUGCUCCCAAAUCCUAAAAGCUACGUUAGUAUCUGUAGAGUACGUAGUAUCUGUCAAAGCUGCAGUCUAUGUAGUCACUAUCUAAUAAAAAAAUCAGGGAACACUUAUGUGUAACUUAGAGGCUUCAUUGCUUUUUAUAUGCGCAUAAAUUUUCCUUUUUUUUUGUUUACAUGGAUAGUCAGGAUAACUCUGUAGCUAAAGGUGAACCAAGCAGCUGCUUUGAGAGGUUUUUUCCCCAGUAAAUGUAACAGCAUUAUGUUGUUUAUAAGUAUAUUUGAAAUCUUUUUAAGGAGGUGUUAGCUAAAAUUUAAUGUACUGAACUACAUCUGUCUUCCUGUGAAGUUUCUGUUAAAGAGAGGAAGGAAAAAAAUAAAUUCCUUUAGAUAACCAUGUUAUUUUGAACUAUGUUCAGCUGCUCCAGAUUUCCUGCUGUAAAAGCUUAUUAUUUCUGGCAGUCCUUAACUUAAUAAAACCUUCUGCAAAUGACAGCUUUAUUUUUCAGUUACCCAUAUCAUUUUAGAAAGCUACUUCUCAAACAAAAAGUCUCUCUUUAGUGGAUGUAUUUAUGUCAAGAAGGGUAUGAAAAUUUCACUUAUACAAUUGAUAGACUGCCAGACUUAGCUUUAGACAGUGUGUGUGAAAUGGAUUCUGUCAACUGAUUGUUUCUUUUACAAGAACAAUGUGAGUCACCCUGUUUUUGCUGUAUCUCAGGGAUUGUACUACACAUACUUGCUGCGUCCUGUAUCUGCAGGCUUCUUGUGCAAGUUCAUUUGCACAGUUGAAGCAAAAAAAUGUUUUGAAUGUAAUAGAGUAUUUAAACGAAAUGUUUGGAUUAAUGUCUUUUCAAGAAAAGCUGUAGUAAUUUUUCCUGUUGGAAUGCCUCACGAACCAGUUUCCUGAUUAGAUUUUACUUUGAAUAUCCAAGGUAAGUUCAGGAUUUCUCAACAGCAGAGGCAGAACAGAAUUGUGUCUUCUGUGGAUGGCUGAUGUGCUGUCUUGGGAAGGCCAAGGUGAGAGUGAGAUUCUUCCUACAGCUUGCUGCUCUGUGGUGGUCAGGAUUGGUACCAAAUUGGUACCAAGCUCAGAUUUUCAAGGUUCUCCUGAAAGGAAAACAGGCAUCUGUGCUGUGUCUAACACUUUCUGAGAAUUUUUUGCCAGUUGCUUUCUCUAGUCUAUAGCUGAAGCACUGGUUUAUUUUAGAGAGCAAAGAGAGCUAGUAGACAAAAACACUGGGGGAAAAAUGAAGAUAACGUGUUCUCCUUCUUCCCUCAGAGUUGCUUCAUGGAUAAAAUGUUGGGGAAAGUUUUAAACAGUGACCAUUUUUAUUCUCUGUGUAAACUCUAUAGUAUUGCUUCAUAAAUUUUAAUUGUUUCUCUAUUACAAAUAUGUGGAACUCUGGAAUUCCUGUGUUUUAGGGGAAGGUAAAAGGUAGGUUCUAUCAUUAUUAAUUUAAAAUCAGUUUGACACAAAUAAUUUUCUGUUUCAAGUACAGCACCUUUGACAGUGUUACAAGUGAAGGAUUUUAAAACAGAUAAGCCAGGAUUCACUGCAGAGCAGCUGUUAACAGUGGCUCUUGGGCUGACUAGUUUGACUAAGCAGGUUAUGAAGUGACAAAUUGUUAACCACACUAAUUUUCUCAUCUAGGCAGUACCAUCCAGAGAUAAAUGUAAUGGCAUGCUCUUGGUAUCAGCAGUAGUGCUGCAUUUUAAUCAUGCAUGCAUGUCCUUCGAUCUAGCAUCCUGUUUAUCUUCCCACAGCUGCACAUUGUGUUAGUGGUUAGAAAUUCAUAUUAAAAAAAGAACAAUAACUGCUACUUUCCUGAUUAGUGUGUUGCAGCACCUUUUCACGGAACAGUAAUUUCCUGGUAUUACUUAGGGGUUUGCCCAAAUUAAAUGCUAUAUAAUUGUCUGCUUUUGCUAUCCAAGUGUGGCCAGUUAAUGUUAGCAUGUUUUUUGGUGCUUGACAGAUACAUGCAUUGGCAAUGUUUUUUGUAUUUUGUAUUCUUACUGCCUGUUUGUCACUCAUCCAUCCAUGUGCAUUUCCAUUAAUUUAUUAAAAAUUUUACUAUUUCAUAAAAUAGGUUGAAAACUUCUGUCUUUAAAUUGUUGUAUAUAACAGUGGGGACCAGUAAAAUUCAGGCAGUAAGGAUACACUUGUGGAGUGAGUAUCUCCAUGUUAAGUACAUGAGGAAAGUGUGGAUAAACACACCGUAGCUCUAACAGGAAUUCUUUUUGAAAAACAUACAAGGACUUGAAGUUUUUUGGAGGAAAAUUGUAUUUAAGCUGGAGUGUGAAACAUGAAGUGUGGCAGGAACCUGGAUAAGUAAAUUCACACAUCAUGAUGUUCCUGCUGUUGUAUUUGAUCAUACUUAUGCUUGUCUGCAACCUUAAUGGCUUGUUUGUGAACGUACAGCUGCAAGAGUACUCUUCAGGGCUGAGUUGAGUUUUAUUAGAUGUGCCCUUGGUCCCUAAAGUGAUGCCUAGUGAAUAUGGUCACUAGCAGCGUUCUACCUCUUAUCUGUUGGGGAAAAUGUGUGGUCCUCCAUCACUAUCUAGGGUUCUGCAUUUUGAGCUCUUCAGCAUCCUUUGUAGUUACUGAUGCCAAAGUGGCUAAAAUAGUACUAUGACCCCUUCUCCUACCCAUAUCUCUACCCAUAUCUAUCUAUCUGGAAAUAGUUAGCUUGCUUACUGCAGUAUAAUGUCAGUAUUGCAGUGUCUUGGAAUGUCCUUCUUUGGGGAUAUUGAAAGCUUUAAUGAUUUAUUUAGCAAAGUAGAUAUCUUUUUUUAUUCCUACAGUUGUGUGUAUUUUAGUGGAACACAACACUGAAAGAUGCUAAAGGAUGAUAGGAACAUUUAUUCUCUUAUAAGAAAAUGGAAACAGAUUUUGGAAGGAUUAUAGUGUCAAUGAUCAGCCUUGUUUGGGGUGGUGCCUGACUGUACCCACAGGUAGCAUUUGAUGACACCAUGUUGAAAGCUAAGCACUCCCCUUCUCCAGAUGAGUGUUAUUUCUACUGUCUGUCACUCUUGAAUGGAGAUUGUCAUGUUUACUUUUACUCAGUCAGUGCUUUCCAAAACAGGCCACAAAAUGUGGUUCUUGAGGAUAGGCUCAUUUUUGGUGGAACUACCUGUGUAGAGUGGUACCAUUCUGAAGUAGAGGAGACUUUACUGAGCUUAAAAUAUUAAUUAUUUUAAUUUAUCUUACUUCAUUUUAGUUUCUGGUACAUGAGUAGUUUUCAUUUUAUCCCUUUGAGUUAAGUAUAUUUAUGUAUUGUGGGGAAGGGGUUAAGAGGUUCCCCAGGUUUCUAGUCAUUAUGUAAAUGAAUGUCUGCUUUUUCUCAUUGUGUAUCAAGUCUGAUAUGUCAGCCAGCAUGAGUUCUGCCAGUUAGAUAAUUGGCAUUUUGUGAGUGUAAGCACUUACAGUAUGCAAUUAUAAAUCUUCAUUAAAUUAAUAUAGAGUUUUGCCUCUGUCAUUUGUUAAAAUUACUUAGUUAGAAAUUUUAAUUUUUCUCAAAAAAGUUGUCUAUAUGUAAUGUUAGUUAAAUGGCAAGAAAGUGCCUAAUAAAAUGUCAUGCUCUCCUUAGGAUAGUUGUCCUCAUUUAUAAAGUCAGAAUUUCUUACAUAAUUACUUGUACAUCCUCCUGUCUUUAUAGGGAUGAUACUCUGAAGCUAUUUUAUCUUCCCCUCUGUUUUUUAAAUCCCCCUAGUUAAAGGACUGGCUCUAAUAGACUAUUAGCAUUUAAAGGAGCUCUUUAAAUUAUGAUUUUGCUGUUGUCAUCAGUGUUUGGCCAUGGAUUUAUUUAGCUUGCCUGACAGGUAAUGGUGCAAUUUUUAUGAUAAGAGUGAAAAAUGUGGCUUUGGUCUUAGUCUGACUAUCAGAGUCUGCAUAAUUCAGAAGGUUACACAGAGCACUGCCAACUUCUUUAAUUGCACGUCACAUUAUGGUAUUGGCAAAAGGAUGCAUUCCUUAAACUUUUCUUGUUCAUAGUCUUCAUCAAUUCUUCUCCUACCUUUGAUAGCUAGUGUGGACUGGUCAGGAACAUAUCAUCUUUUCCCCUAACACCCUUAAGCCUUGAUUUCAAGGAAAAAUGUACCAAGUGAGAGCAAGAAAUGAUGUCAGCAAGAAAUAAUUGCACCUAAACUGCUGAAAAAAAAUAAACUACAGUCAUAAGGGUUUGGUUGCUGCUGAUAGCUUGGUUUUGUUUAUGGUCUAUAUAAAAUACUUCAGAAGUCUUUCCUAAACCUACUUUAAUUACAAUUUACCCUAAAAUUUAAGAUUUUAAUUAUAUAAAAGCAAAAGAUAAUGGACUAACUAGCUUCCUUCAAACCCUGCCAAGUAUGGUUUACAUGUUUGCAAAUUAGAUACUAGAUAAGUAGUGACUAAAGUGUAGCGUAUUACUAAAACUGUGUAAAUAUCCCAAGAUUUUAACAAAAGUAAAAAAAUAUAUCCCAAACCCAAAACAUAGAUUUACAGCUGCUUUUGCACCUGUGUUUGUUUGAGCUGUUUUGGUAUGUCUGCUUAUCUCUCUGUGCUAUACUCUGUGAAAUUUGAGACUGACAGAGAGUAGCUGAGAUUUUCCAGUGACUUUCUUUAACAGUACCAGACUAUUAUGAUAAGAUACCAUAAGGGAUAAAGCCUCAUGUCACUAUAAGACUUUUUUGCAAAUAAGUACUCUAUUGAAAAAUGUUUCAUAUUCAAACAAUUUAAUGAGAAAGUGGAGUGUUUAAAACAAAACAUCAGGUUUUGAUAUCAAAAAAAAGCCCAAAUAUAAAGAAAGCUUGUAUUUUAAGAAAUAGCUUUUGUAUUUGGUGUGUGGGUAUUCUCUGGAGUAGUUGUUAGGAACUCUUCAAGUUUUCUCUGUUGAAUAUUUGGAGCUAUCAGUUGUUUAUGCCAAGUGUAUGCCCACCCUGUCUCCUAAACAAGCAGGCAGAAUGUGGUUUUGAAAUUGAGUUUAGUUUUAAUUAAAUUUCUAGAAGUUGAAAUUCGAGAAAUUGAGUUCUUUGGACCUUUUGGGUUGAAUUGUAUUGACUACAUUAAUGCUUUUAUAGUUUGAAUAGAAUUGGUAAAUAUAGCAGUGAAAAGUAAAGGCUAAAGCUGUAGUCUUAUUAUCAGUAUAUCACAUCUGCAUGUUACAUUCAUGGCCCACCUUUUUUAUAUUACUGUUUUGUUUGCAAACUUUUAGUGCUUGCUCUAUAGAAGACUUAGAUUUCUGAAUAAAGAGAAUAAACUAAUUGCUCAAAGUUAGCCAUUAGUUUCAUGAGAGCUUUUUUCUGUCAUAUUAUUUUACUGGAGUCUAAGGUCGGAUUAGGUUAAUGGAAUGGAAAAUUAUUUUCAUAUCCUCCAUGGGAAAAAUAAUUUUGUUGUUUUCACGCUGUGGAAGAGAGAAGUUUUCGGUAAAUGGAGAAUCUAGUCAGGAUUAUUACUGAAGCAGAAACAUUAAAUACUAGAAGAAAUCUGCAAUAUUUGAGACAAUCAGAAAUGUUUCAGUAAACUAGAUAAUAAGAAAAACAGAAAAGUGUUUUGGGAUCCGGUAAGUUAAUAAGGUGUCAAGAGUUGACCUGCUUACUGGAUCUUAAUUAAAUGUUGAUGCGUGUGCUACCUAAGCAGUAGUUUAGUUUCUGAAUUGCUUUGAUUUGGGGUCAUAUCUACAGAUGAUGUGGGCAGAUGGAAGUAGGGAUUUGAAAAAAUAAAGUUGUACAGUAGCCUACAUGUGGAGAAUAAAAGUAGAAGGAAGGAAGCCCUGCAAGAGCAGAUGGUUGGUAAAUACAUAAUUGGAGGGCAAUAAAUAGUUUCUCUUAUAAGCUUAAAAGAUAAUUACAGUGCUAAAAAUUGUUUGUCCUCGUUUGUGGGCUUUAACCGAAUUUUGUAGUAAUUAUGAGAAUGAAAUCCUUUCUCAAAAAUUGACUGUAGACUUGUUUUUAAACUUAUUGCAUGUUUUCUGCUGUAUGUAAGUGGGAUUUGGACUAGUUUGUGCCACCUAAUAUUCAUUAUAUUAGCUUUAAUGUAACAUGGGUGGAGUGCUUGUAUGUUCUUUCAAUUACUGUGACCUGUCAUUUUAUGCACAAUUUGACAAAUUGCUGUUACUCAGGCUUCAUGCUUAUAUUUAUAAGGAGUCAUAGUUGAACUAGAUUUUAAUUUAAAAAGCCAAUAGCAUUAGUAACUUCAUCAAUAUUAGUAUUUUAAGAUAGAAUUCACUUGUGGGUUCAAAAAUAAUUUUCUCUCUUACCAUGUGAAACUGUAUUCAGGUACAAACCUAGUAGUUUUCUCUCUGCAGAAGAAAAUUUGCAGUGAAUUAAAUAUGAGAGUAGCCUAAGCUUGUUAGUGUUUCCUGGGGUUUUAUGUAGAAUUUUCAAAAAGUAAUGGAUUUUAUUGUUUAAGUAUAAGCCACUUUGACAAAUGCUGAUCCAAGUUACACAUGUAUCCCACCCAGCCUUUUUUGUGUUUUCCGUCAGAAUGGUAUCAGUUAUGUGGCACAUAAAUCUUGUUCUUAACAGAUACUGGUUUCAGAUACUUUAACAAUAUGUGGUAUUAAUGAAAUAAAAACUCUAAAAUACAUUGCAAUCAGAUCUGCAGGCCUUCAGGUGCAGUAUUGACAAAGUGUAAAGCAGGACUUCUCUAGGUUUCCUAGUGCAGAAUGGAAGGACACAUGAUCUGGAUCAAGAUUUUUUUUUUCCCUGUUUUGGGCAUGGGAUUCAAUCAUCAGAAGAGUCCUAAGUGUUGUCAGAACCACAGUGGAGCAAGGGUUAAAGCUAAGCAAAACUUUUGAGAAUAUUCAUAAGGUACUUUCAGUGCAAGACCACUGAGACAUUUAGCCAAUUAGUUACUGGUCAUCAGCUUUCUCUUAUCUGGUCACUGCUCUACUGGUUCCUCUAAAUUUUCGUGCUGAUAUACCAUAGAGCUUCAUUAAUUGCUUUAGUUUUUCAAAACGUGUUUCUUCUGACAUUUUGCAAAAAGAGAGCUGUAUAAACAUUUGCCUUUUAAGACUUUUUUUUUUUAAUUUUUUCUUACUUCUUGUAGCUAUAACGGGUUGUUCCAUACAGCACACCUUGGAAGAAUAAUUUUUUGGGUUUGUUUUUUUUUUUUUUUUUUUACAAAUAUAGGUUUCAAUAUGAAGGGACUAUAGGCAGUAAAGCCUAGGUAGAAGAUAAUUUCCUGUUUCAAGUCAGUUUCCAGCCUGUCUCUGAUUUUCCCCUUAUCUGAUUCUAUUGAUAAUCUUUUUCCGUUUCUCUUACUGUUCUGUCCCCCACAUCCAGGAUGCUUCACCUAGUUCCUGUGGACUGUAUCGUGUUUUUCCUUUAAGUAAAUGGCAUGACAUUUUAUUUUACUUUUCUCAAUGUCAACAGUUAUGUUAAAAACUGUGAAAAAAUAUAAGUGCGAAAAUAAAUAUUCAAAUCUGAAGAAGAAUUAGUUUUCCUAUUGAGCUGUUGGUCUCAGAAAAAAAGAAACAAAUGCAGUUCUAAUUCUGGGUUGUAACUGAUUUACAGGCUUUGUCUAAAAUGGCCCAUGGACCAAUUUUACUUACUUAUUUCUUAUUUUAGACAAGUUAUUUGGAAGAAAGCUUCUUCAAAAGCUUGUCUAUUCUGUUUCCCUUUCUCAUGUGGGUCCUGCAUUUCAGAUUGGAUUAUAUAGCCAAAGACCCCUGGGUUACAUUUCACCCCUUAUGUGAACCCACGCUUAGUGUGUGAGAUCAUGAUAGCUGAAGGAAAUUGAUUCUCCUGCUGUUGCACCUCUUUUUUGGCUAUGGCUACUGAGGGCCUUUGUCAUCUUUCUUUUGCUGAGCAGGUCUUGUUGCAGUAAAAUCAUGGGGUUUUAGUUACGUUGCUAUUUGUGGGCUUAAUCUCCCCUUUCCCCCUUUGAUGUGACUGAGCUUUGCAAGUAUUUCUUGCCUGUGAUGGAUAAACUGAGGGUGUAAUCUCCGGUCCUGAAGCAGGGGGAUAUUUAUAGCUCAUGUAGUCUUUUUCUGCACAGGGGACACUGCAGGAAACGAAAGCUGUGCAUGAAAGGUGUGGCUCUCAGAGCCGGAAACCAUCUCAUAGUCCUCUGUGGAAAAAUUUGGUUUUAAAAGGGUGGCCUAAAGUGAGACUUAACAAAGUGCUUGGGUCAGGUCAGAAAUACGAGUACAUAGCAGCUUAGUGCCACAUCAUGUGGGUCUCAUGUCCUGAGAUUUCAUAGGUUUCUCUGGGAUUACUGGCAGGCUGUGCCUUGUCAGAGGGCUGGAGACACUGGGCUCUGCCCUCCAGAGUGUGUUUCUUUUCCCUCCCACUGGAAUGUGUGAACGUGGCAGCAGUUUGGAUCUGUAGACAGUGAACAGUGUAAGUCUUGCUCCCAAUUUAAUAAAGCAUUUCAGGUUCUGACUGAAAGAUAAGGGAGUUACAGGUAAUGCAAUAGUGCUGUUACAAAUAGUUGUGCUUUAUUCUGCAAGCUAGACCUUAGAUAAUACUCUUUUAAGCUCUCCUAGUUAAAUCAGUGGAUUAAAAAAAAAAAAAGGCAAAACAGAAAAAGAACAAAAAACCUCAAACAACAAAACCGAGCAGUUACAGACUAAGAUAGUUCUUGGUUUUCUAGAAACAAAUCAUUGAGAUUUCCUUUCUAACAAUACUUCUGAAGCACAGAUAAAAUGGCUUCCUGUCCCAGGGUUUCCUGUAUCCAUGGCAACCUGACUUCAGGCACUUCUUUCCUAGUUUCCUGAGCAAACUGUUGCAAACCCUGGGGCAAAAACCAGAGUGCUGUAGUAAACAGCAAUACUGCCUUUGCAAAGGUUUCACAGAUGAAUGUAGUUGGUCAGCUUAUAACAUAGCCUAGUGGACUGCAAACAGCAAAAUAACAGAAAUAAUGAACUUCAGAUUUGGGUGAAGUCAGAGAGGAGUAAGAAGGCCAAAGACAGGGAUAUGUGUGUUCUGCAAAGUUCUUCACCCUGCCCAGGAGCAUUCCUGUAUAUAUUUAAUUGUUUUCUUUUGUUGCUGCUCCAGAAGGAGGCUUUUGGCUGUCCAUCUGCUUGUCAGCUCUGCACAGGGAGACAAGUUAGCUGUCGUAAUGCAGGGCUUUCGAGCAUCCCUUGGAACCUUCCUAAAACAACAAUUCUUGUUUACCUCAGUGGGAAUAAUAUAUCAUAUGUCUCUCCAAAUGAUCUAAGAGGCUUUCUGAAGCUUGCUGCACUCUACAUGGAUAAUUCCAGUAUUUUGUAUGUGCACCCAAAAGCUUUUGUGGAACUCCCCAGACUGUGCUACUUGCAUCUAAAUAGCAAUCAUAUUAAACGCCUGGAUCCAGGAAUCUUUGAAGGCCUUUCCAAUCUUCAUUGUUUAUACCUUCAGAAUAAUCAAAUAGCUUUUCUUCCCAGAGGAUUAUUUAGUGAUCUUCUUUCUGUUAGAUAUUUAACACUUCAAAGAAAUCGUCUCAGUGUCCUUGGAAGUGGGACUUUCUGGGGAAUGAUAAGUCUCCAAACACUAAACUUAGCAAAUAAUAAGAUUUCGCGGAUAUCAGAUGCAGCAUUUCAUCAUCUUGAAAAUCUUGCCUAUUUGUUUCUUGAAGGUAACAACUUACUACUAGUGCCAUCAAAUGCUAUUGGAAGGCUCAAAAAUCUUGAAAGACUGUCUUUGUCUCACAAUCCCAUUGGAUCAAUUCAGCCUUUUGCAUUUAAGGGACUUAAUAAGCUUAAAUAUCUGUCUUUGAAAAAUGUCAAGCUAAAAUGUGUUGCUGUAAAUGGAUUUUUUGGAUUAAGCAACCUUAGCCAGCUAAUCUUAAGCUAUAAUGAUUUAGAAAAUAUAAAUUCCAGCACUUUUACCUUAUUGAACAACUUAAUGUACCUACAGCUAGACAGAAAUAAAAUAGCCAGUAUUGGCAAUGGUACCUUUGAAAAAAUGGGGAGGUCACUCAAAGUACUCAAUUUAGCAUUUAAUAAUAUCACAGAGUUACAACCUGAAGUGCUCAAGCCCUUGGUAUCUUUAACUCAUCUGCAGGUACAUUCUAAUCCUUGGAACUGCAGCUGCAAAAUGCUUGCAUUACUUAAUUGGCUAGCAUCAUCUUCUGUUUCUGCAAAAAUCCACUGUCAGCAUCCUCAGAGUAUGCGUGGUAGACCUUUGCAUUAUAUGAAAUGGGCUUGGUUUUCAAACUGCAUUGGACCUGCUGCCAGCCUAGGCUCUGCCCCAAGUCUGGGAUCUGUUGGGGUGCAUCACAGCGCUACCACUCUGCUGAUGGCUUGGCGUAAAGGGAACAGGCACAACACAUUGGAACAGUUUGUCACUGCAGAAACUAAGUAUAUUGGUUUCUGGGAGGGAACUGCAGCUACAUCUUCUACUCCCUUGCUUUAUCAGGAAUAUCCUGCUGAAGUGCCAUCACAGGCAGCUACAGUGUUAUCUACAUUACCAGUGCAAAUUUCAGCAAAAAUUAUACCUACUAAUAGAAAUGUAGAAGAUGAAUGGUUGUUUACAACAGAUCCUGCUCCUGUCUCGUUAAAAACAAGCGUGAUUUGUACACCACAGGUUGAAAAGCUGAAUCAAGCUUUUGAUAUUUUACUAGCCUUUUUCAUUCUGGCUUGUGCUGUUAUCCUGUUCUUAACCUGCAAAAUUAUUCAGUUUAGGCAAAAACUAAAGGUGCUGGAAAACUCAGGGGAAAAGAGUAUAGAAUAUUAUGGCUUUUAUCAGCCUGGCAGAUACAACAUAACUGACUCAGUGCAGUCUCUAACUCGGAAAUCAGUGGAACAUUCAGAACUGGACCAAAUAAGGCUGCUCAAGCGAACAGUAUCAGAAAGUCAGGCACAGGUCAUCUUGUUCGAACAUUCAUCAUUGUAAUUUAUCUCAUUUUAUUUGGUGUUAACUGUGAUAUGAAAGGUCAAGAAAUCAAGAACUCAAUUCUGUAAAAAUACUUCCACCAAUUAAAAUCAACCGCUUAAUAGAACUGUGCCAAAUGGCAUAAUUUGGGUUCUGCAUCAACAUUUGCUUACUGAAUGUUUUGAAGUUUAAUUAUUUCAUUAUAUGUCAUUUCAGUCUAAAAUGGAUAAGUUUAUUAACCUCAGUCCCUGUUUUUAGUAUUCAUUCACCUAUGCUCAAGUACACAUGCAGUAUAAAGUACACUUUAAUUUAUUUUGCCGUACUUAAUGAUGUAAGUUCCUAUGGAAAUUCCAUAGCUAUUGUGCAGCUAGCAAAACAUCAGUUCUUAGUGGGAUCACGAGGCCAAGAAAUCUUGGGGAAUCAGAAAAGAGUGUUUCAUGUACUUAUUGUAAUAGAGUUUCUACUCUUCCUCUGUUAGAUCAAGGACUGGAAAAAAGCACAUUUACAGUUAGGAUGUUCAUACUCUCGAGUAAGAGAAAAAUUUCAAACUAUACAAAUUCUAUUCAUACCUAUAGCAUAUUGUAAUAUACAAAGUUGUGUGUUCAGUCUGUAUAAUGAAUAUAUUAAAGUGACUUUUUUGUUA